AUGGCGUCAGUGGCGGCAACGUUACGUGUGUGUUUUUUCUGCACCGUGUCUCUGCUGAACUUUGCGUUUGUCUUCAUAUCCGGCGCAGAUUUUAUUCGGUUCAUAUCAUUUCGAGCCAUUUACCACAACAUCACCGGGGAGACGAAGCUGUGUCAAGACUCCAUACCGUGGUCGGUGGCCCUGCAGGACCGCUCUGUCCUGAAGUCUCUGCUUGUGGAUGUUGGGCUGCUCGCUCUCUUCACCGCACAACACAGUCUGCUCGCCUGGUCGCCCGUCAAACAGGCCUGCCAGUCAGUGCUGGGGGCCCUGAACAGGACGGCGUACUGCUUCAGCACUGCACUCGCUCUCCAGAUCUUGAUGCGUUAUUGGCAGCCGGUGAUUGGCGCUCCCUGUCUGUGGUCGGUUCGUCAUGCACCUUGGAGCAUCUGGUUCCCUCUGCUCUGCUUCACACUGCACUUCCUCUGCUGGGCCAUCAUCUGCAGCAUCCUCAUGAUCUUUGAUUACCCAGAACUGCUGGGCAUCAAGCAGGUGUAUUAUGAGUGUAUUGGUUUGGGGGACCCCGUGUCGUUCAAGUCGCCCCGUGCCCAGCGCUUCCUGUCUCACCUCCGUCACCCGGUGUGUCUGGAGCUAGGCGUCGUGCUGUGGCUCCUGCCGGCUUUGUCUCUAGACAGGCUGCUGCUGGCUCUGACUCUGUCGACCUACCUGGCCCUGGCACACUCACUGGACAAACAGGAUUUAGCCUACCUCUGCGUCCAGCUUAACCGUAAGAUGCAGGACUUCGCCGAGCCACAGCGGGGCAGCGGCGACACCAUCGACCAACACAAGAGCAACCACAAGGAGAAGUGAAAUG